AUGGACCCGGGUAUACCGAGAACUCCGAACCCCCCUACUAUAUCAGCUGCAGCCACGUGUGUGAGUUAGUGUGGUUAUGGGGGCUCUUCCAACAAUAAUGUACUUAUAGAGUUUAUGAUAUAUUCACUAACCGCCUUUCACUGACAUAACCCCUGUUUCUUCCCGCUGUUUAGGCCUUACUUCUGAACCGGACGAGUAUCUAUGCCUCGCUGCGGAGACCGCUUACGUUAACCGUCAGGACUAGGUUCUUCAUGCGUCUUAUGCCUAUCGCUCUCUGCCUGCUCCACAUCUACAACAUCUCUCUCGCGCUCAGAUGCCAGACGAGUGAGGUCUACCUCAGCGACGGAUCGCCGAGGCCUGCGGGCGGGUUUCUGUGGCAGGUUGCGAGAGUGGGGAAUUGGUGGAUGGGUGACCUGCAGGCGUGCGAGGCCGUGGGGAUGAUUCCGGACGAGGCGUGGGCGGAGCAAGUUUACCGGUGGGGGGGGAUGAAGGCUCCUCCGGAAUCAUCCGCAGAUGUCGAGGUUCCGAGAUCGGAUAAACCCGUUGUGGAUACUGCCGACGAGGAUUCCGAUGGGAACUCGGUGGAUGGGAAGAAGGUCCGGAAGGAGAUCAAAGACAUGGAGCCCAUCAAGGGAAGUCUAGCCCUUCUAUGGCCGUUCUACAAAACCAUUUGCUUCAGCCAAUUUGUCGAGAGCUUUGUCUGCGCCGUUACGGCGCGCAAUCCUGCUGCGGAGACUGGUAUGACGCUCAUGGAGCACUCCCUCGCCUUCGCCGAAGCAGAGUUUCUAGCUGCACCCAAGGGUUUCGAAAUCCAAUCGGCCCCCUCGGACGACGGGACCCCGGCCACGGAUAAUCGUCGGGUCCUCGUUCACACGGAGAAGAAUGUUCCCCCGGAGGUCCUCUACAUCUCGCUCAUCUCCGCCUUCGGCCACCUCACAAGCCACAUCCUGGGCGUUUUCAACAGACAGGCAAAAUACCGAUUACUCAGCACAGGCAUCUGGGGUGUUGCGUUUUUGAGCGGUUUCGCAUGGGCACUAAUUUUUAGAUCCGAAUCCGGUGCCGUGCUGAAUUUCCCUACUGUAUGCGUGGUUGGGUUCAUUCCUCAUCUCCUCAUCUUCACCGGGAUCUUUGUUUGUGGGGCCAUUUACGCUCUCGCUUUGGUGCUUACUUCGCUGUUCCCUCCACCCGCCCUGAGCGAGAGACCGAGCUUCCGUGCUGGGCUUGAUAAUUUGCAGGCGAAUUUGACGUUGGGGACUGUUACAAUCAACAAUAAUGACGAUUUUUACACGACGCUGUUGAAGUUGGGCUUUCAAUGCUUGACAGCGGCCAGUGAGGCUACUUAUUUGAACGAGGGGCGGGUGGUUAGGCUUCCGGCGUGGACUUGGCUGGAGGACCAGAGGACCAAGGUACAGGAUUCCCAGAGAAAGUUAGGUAUUGGUGGUGGAGGCGUAGCCCCAGGGCUGGUCGGAACCGGUGUCGGUAAAGGCCCAUACUCUCAGGAACGCAAAGACGUAAAGGGAGUUAUGGCACCCAAGAAGGGCAGAAAUGGCACCGGAAGCGGCAGAUGGGCUGGCGCUGGGGAAAUGAUGCGAGGGGUAUCAGUCCUUCUCGUCAGUCUAACUUCCCGCUGGGCGCCAGUUCUAUUCCGUACCCGCCGAAGAGGCCCACCCCGCAGCCCAGAAGCAACUGGCGCGACUCAAGGCUCAACUUUGGAAAGCGAAGAGGAAGAUGCAGACUCAACAUCACUCUACACCCGCUUUAUCGGGAACAUCGGAGGGCCCCUCUUGUCAGACUCGGACACAAGUGGCGACUUCCAACCCGACGACUCCAUAGACGACGACGCUAGCACCGUAGUCUCCGCAGCAUCAGACAUAGGCUCCCUAACAGAUUUCCCCUACGAUUCCGACGACGACUCCCAACCCUCAGGCAUGCGGACACCCACCCAGGCCCGCCCCUACCCCUCCCGCGACCCUUCAACCUCCCCCUCUCCCCCCCGGUCCCCGUUCUCGGAAAUAUUUUCAACGCCAGCAGAUCUCGCCACCCUCCUUGACCCACAAACCCCCGAAGACCGUGCCCAGGCGCAAGUCCUUGGCCGGCACUUAAAGGCGCCCAACAUCCUCACCCGGUCAACCUACCACUCGGCUAACGCCGCAUCCACCUCCUUAGAAUCCAUCAUACUGCAACAACGCCGACCCUCCUUGGCUACCGUUGGCUCGAGUUAUAGCUCUUGCGUUGUCUGCCAAUCCGCUACCAGGAUCAUCAUCGUUUGGCCUUGUAGGUGUCUUGCGCUGUGCGAGGAUUGCAGAAUUUGCCUCGCGCAUAAUAACUACAAGAGCUGCGUGUGCUGCCGGCAGGGUGUGGAAGGGUUUUCGAGGAUUUAUGUGCCCUAG